AAAUCCAUCAUUCUAAAAACCGAGGCGUCCCUUUGUUGCAAAAUUUAUUGCGCCUCCUCGAUCUUCACACCUGUCAUUCAUUGUUCCCCCUUUUCCUUAUAAGUAGGCAUGAGGACCCCUCCUUUUACUUUUUACCUUGCCUCCUCCGCUUCUUCUUCUUCCCCGCGAGUCCUUUCGUGACCGGAGCUCUGCUGCGCCCGUCAAGCCAUACCAUCCUUCUCCAGUCGGCGCCGUGACACCACCCCGUCACCGUCGGGACUCAACGGCACACCUUCGCCGUCCUCCGCCGCCAACAGCUCCAUCAUCCUUCAGGCGACUCAACAUGACAAAAACCACCCUUUGCUAUUUGGAUCCUUCCCUAGUUACUGACAUGAUCCUUAAAGAUUUUGUGGACGAAAGUCUCUUGGCAACUUAGGAAGAGAUUGGUCGGCGUGUCAGCCAAGGAGAAAGUGUCCCCAAUCCUGGCGAAGGAGAAGUGAUAGUUUUCACCGAUCAUAUCCUCAGGGGCUUCACACCGCCUAGGUAAAAGUUCUUUCAAGACAUCCUGCACUACUUCAACCUUCAUCCUCAAGAUAUAGGCCCAAAUUCAGUGACAAACAUUUGCCACUUUCAAAUAUUUUGUGAAGCUUAUGUGCAAGUUGAACCUACUAUUCCUCUCUUCAAGGAAUUCUUUUAUAUAAAUCGCCAGACUGAGUGCGCAAGUGGUCCAACUCAGGAAUUAAGUGGAAUCUCAAUCCAUAGACGUAGAGACGGCGGCUUUCCUACAUCCACUUUACUAAGCCACCCCAAAGGAUGGAUAAAAACUUGGUUCUAUUGCAAGAAUACUGCCCCAGCCAAUGAGAAUCCUUUGCUGGGUUACCGUACUGAACGCCUCCCUAUUGAUUUUGACCCGCCAAGCAAACUUGUUACAGAUGAACAUACUGAGGCACUUCAAUAUUAUCCCAAAAUAUUAACUUUGAUAGCUAAUGGGUUGACUGGAAUCGACUUAGCUCGUUGCUGGGUCUCAUGGAAAAUUCUUCCCUUAAGCCGCCGGCCUAGUUUGAUGUGCGAAAAUUUCGGUGGGUCAGAUGACCCUUAGCGAUACAGCUCUGAUAACUUUACUGCCGAGGAGAUCUUUCAAGCUGUAAACUCCUUACUCGGGGAGUCGGAAGAAAUUUUUAAUAAGAUAGGGCUACCUCCAUUCUUGAAGCUUAACCCGGCCCCAACUGUAAGUACUAUUCUAUGUUCGGCUUAAAUAUCCUUGAUUUUAUUCCGUGUCUCACUUGUCAGUCCUUUCUCAUUACACAGGCCGACUCUGCUUUUUGGAAGAAAAAGAUAAAGAAUGCCACGACCAAGACCAGGACCGGCCCAAAGCCAAAAAAGAACAAAGCAGCUGCCGCGGCUGAGCUCGCUGCUGUGGGCGAGUCAGCUGAUGCUGAAAAUCAAUCAGAGGUAGAACUCGACUCUCUUGGCCGACUCUUUAUUGAAUUAGAUGACACCUCUUAUUCUCAGGAUGAGGUUGCCACAAGUCGGGCUGACGACAUUGUGGUAAUUCCUGUCUCUUCCAGCUCUGACCCCGCACCUUCAGAGAAAAUAGGGCGGGUUGUCCGAAAAGUAAAGUAUUCUCAUCCAGAUGCUCACUUAGAUCCACACUUUAUUUUGAAGAAAACUUAGCAUGACCUAAGACACUAGACUCGGAGUGGCGGUCAGGUGAUUUAAUGGCUGGGUUAACUCAUCAACCCUCUUCCCGUAAGCGGCCUGCUGAGGUGCCACAUAAUCCAACUCCUUCUUUACCCAAAGCUGGUCUUAUAAGACAUCCUCUUAACCCUUCUGACUCCAAUUACCAGGAGUCGCCACCAUCUUCAGGUGGCUCAUCUCAAACCAAGCUGCCUGUCUUUAUUGUAAACUGAGGGUGAGUAUUUGUACUUACUUAUAACUUGAAACUUAUUGUCAUAUACGUCUUAACACUCCAAUGUGAUCGUAGGGUCAAAGCCAAGAAGAAAAAGAGGAAUGUUGGCAAUUCUUCCAAGGCCCCCAACGUUCGUGGGUCGGAGGAACGGGUGCUGAUAAUCCUAUGGUCAACACCGAAAAUCCUAAAGAGCAUCACAGCAAGCAAAAUGAGCCGCCUCCACAAGCUGAUACGACGGCCUCUAAGGCCAUGGAUACUGAAGCUAACCCGGCGGAUAAUCGUGACCCGCCGAGUCCAAUUCCUUCUUCAACUCCUGUCCAGAUCACUGAAGAAGCCCCUCUUAAGGAAAAUACUGAUGACGUUGCCAUCAUUGGGGCGAGUCAAACGACACCCAAGACCUCCACUGUGCUAGAUAGACACUCAGCAAAAGAAGAGUCGCCCCCACCGGAGAAGGGUAAAACAAAACUUGAACUGCCAAACUAUGAGGCACUUAGCGCAGAAGAGGUGUACGCAGGAUACUUGAGCCGCUUGAACACAAGCCGGGACAUGGAGGCCAGCUUGGUACAAAUAAUGAAGCAAAAGUAUGAGGAAGCAUUAAACAUGGGCGAGUCAGAUCUAGCCGUCUUAAGAAAGAGCUUAAAGUCUGAAGAAGUAGGACGCGCAAAAGCCGAGUUAAGCUUGAAGUCUUCGUUAGAGGACUUAGAAAAUAUGAAUGCCAAAUUUAAUGCUGACAGAUCUGCUUUGGAAACUGAAAAGGCCACAUUAUUGAAGCGCACUGAAGAUGCUGAGAACCAACUUAAGACGGUGGUUGUAGAGUUGGCCGGCUUAAAAUAUCAUGUUUUUCAAAUGACCGUCACCAUCUUUGGUGCCAGAAUUGCCAGCCUCGGGCAAAGUGUGGUGACCAAGCUGAAAGCCAUCUACUGUUUAACAGAGAAGUUAUAUGCUGGCACCCUUUAGACGCUUGUAGUUGUAUCCAAUGGCAAGAAGCCGCCACCACUCAUGAAAACCGUGUUGGAUCAAUUGUCCACAGUACCAAAGCAAGUUGAAGAGCUGAAACUGUCAGCCGCCCGUUCAGGAGCCAUCACCGCACUAAGCCGGGCCAAAGCUUACCAAUCGGAGCUAGAUCCAACAGAGAUGCUUGUCGUGCGUCCAGAAUAUAAUGAUGAUGGGUCUAUCUUCAAUGAAGCGGAUUUUGCCAGAUGUGUCAAAGAGAUGCGGCCUUUGGUGUGUCAACUUGCACAAGAGCUGGAUCUAAUGAAAUACCAGCCAGCUUACGAUAACAACAACACUCACAUCAAGUGGCCCUCCUUCGACGUUGUGGACUUAACUCCUCAAAGGCGUAAGCAUAUUUUUUCCUCUGACAUUGACCCUUCUCUUGUCAUGAAUGAUGAAGCAACCUCCGAAGCUUUAACUGGUAUCGACUGGACGUCGGAGAAUCUUCAGAUUACAAGCGACGAAGAGCCGGCACGGGAUAACCCGGAAGUGUUGGAUCAUGGGUUCCGGCAAAACCCUCAAGGUUCGAACACUGGGGUGCACGCGAAGAUCUCC